AUGGAAUCUAUUAAUGGGGGUGCAGGUUCAGAAUUCAAUCCACUUUUAAUUCAGCUUGCAUUUCUAUGUACAACAGUGGGUUGUUGCAUUUCGUUUUUCUCUGUUUGGCUACAUUGGAAGAAUUAUAGAAAACCUAACCAACAAAGACAGGUUAUUCGUAUAUUAUGGAUGGUUCCUAUUUAUGGUAUCAGUACAUACAUAUCACUUGUUUCCUUGAAUGUAGCAUUCUAUGUCGACACUUUUCGAGAUAUCUAUGAAGCCUUUGUGAUUUAUGCAUUUUUCAAUCUUUUACUCAACAAACUAGGCGGAGAAAGAGCUCUGAUCGUCAUGCUUCACUCCCGCCCGCCUUCACAAAACUUCUUUCCGGGCACACUCUACUCACGAGAGAUAUUCGUGGGUGAUCCUUAUACCUUUCUUUUUGUCAAGCGUGGUAUUCUUCAAUUUGUCUAUGUGAAGCCGGUCUUGGCGGUAAUUACAAUGGCUUUGAAGGCAACCAAUCACUAUGUUGAGGGUGAUUUUAGCUUGAAGAGUUCUUACUUUUACAUCACAUUCAUAUACAACUUGAGUGUCUCUUUCUGUCUAUGGUGUUUGAUGGUCUUCUUUUAUGCAACUAAAAAGGAUUUAACAAGAUUUAGACCACUUCCCAAGUUCUUGUGUGUCAAGGCUAUUAUUUUCUUUUCAUUCUGGCAAAGUGUCGUUGUGGCAUUACUUGUUUUUGCAGGAAUCAUACCAGAAGGUUUGCUUUUAUUAAAGGUGUAUACGUUAGCUAAUAUUCUCUUAUUCAUAGCUGAGCAUAUGUCCGUAGCCAUUCAAGAUUUCCUUGUAUGUAUCGAAAUGGUCCCCUUUGCUAUUGCUCAUUCUUUCUCGUUUUCGUACGAAGACUACUUUGAUAGCAGUGUGCAUUCAGCACGUAUGCCGAUUCGUAUUGCCAUCAAGGAUUCAUUGGGACUUAAAGAUGUCUAUAUGGAUACUGUCCUCACUUUACGUGGUUCAGGAUUUAGUUACAGGUCGUUUGAACCAUCUGAAGGUGUGCCACAUAUGGGUAGCAGUCGUACCUCUCGCAUUAUGGCUGGCCUGAGAUACUCCAAUAUCACAUCAAAAAAGCAUUGGAUUGAACCUGCACCUACCUCUAAAUACAUUACCUCUGGGCCGGGCGAGGCUAUGCUUGAAGAGGAAUCUGAACCCUUGGCAUUUGAGGAGCCUGAAGGAGAUAUGGAGGCUCUUUAUGAAUCCAGUCGUCGCAUGGAGUUUGGUGAUUAUAACUAUCCUGUCAUCGAC